UUGACCUUGUUUUUGUUGAUGUUUGAGUUGACUGCGACUGCGCGCGGUGCCUCGUUGCCGUUGGUGAUGCAGUUUGCUAAAAGGAGUAGUAAAAAACGUAGAGGGUGAAAAAAAGACUCAGAGACAGCUUGAAAACAGGAGUUGCUAAUUUUCCAAUUUUUCACAGUACGGAUAACCAACAUACCAAGCUUACGGAGUGCCUCACUGUUUGGGUUGCGGAGGUGGGAGGGGGCAUUGGGUAGCUGCCUCUGCUGGGGUUGUGUGCUUAAUUGGCCAAAACAGCCUGGCCGGUCCGUGUGCUCUUGUAACGCCCUUCACCCGCGGACUUUUGCUCCACAGCACGGCACUUUAAUUAGAAAAUCGCCAUUAUAUGAUCCAGUACCCUUCGUCGCUAUUGCCCUCCAUGUCGGCGAGGGAUCUGCGUGUGUCAGAUUAUGGCGAGAAAAACAGUUAGCAGGAAAAGAAAGGCAGGCGAACCAAAGGAACAACAGCUGGGCUGGUUCCACUCGGGCCAUAAGCGCGCGCGGGUGUCGUACGGCUGGUCCCGGCGCCGGCAGCAGUCGUGGCGCUGGCGGCGCUCGGUGGUGUGGGCCCUGCGGGGGCGGGAGUCCCGGCCGCAGGUGCAGCAGGAGUGGCGUCUGGAGCGGAGCCUGCGGGGCUUCGCCGCCGGGCGGCUGCCGGGCAUCCUGCGCGAGCGCCAGUUCUCCCUCGGGCUCCUCAACAAGGUCUUCGCCUCCCAGUGGCUCAACCACCGGCAGGUGGUGUGCGGGACCAAGUGCAACACGCUGUUUGUGGUAGAUGUCCAGAUGGGGCAGAUAACCAGGAUCCCCAUGUUGAAGGACAGGGAGGCUGGGGCAAGAGUUAGGCUGGGGCCAGGGUUUGGGGGCCCCGCCCUUGGCUCCGUGUCCGGGCUCGACCAGCAGGGCUGCGGAAUCCACGCCAUCGAGCUGAACCCCUCCGGCACCUUGCUCGCCACUGGCGGAGACAACCCAAACAGCCUGGCCGUCUACCGGCUGCCAACACUCGACCCCGUCUGCGUCGGAGAUGAUGGACACAAUGACUGGAUCUUCUCCAUCGCCUGGAUCAGUGACACCAUGGCCGUGUCAGGGUCCAGGGACGGCUCAAUGGGGCUGUGGGAGGUGUCGGAGGAGGUUCUGGGUGGGGCCGAGAGGCACCAGGACUCCAAGGGGGUCCCCAGCUAUUCCCACAUCUCCCACCGGGCCCUGAAGGACCUUCCCAAAGAGUACACCAACCCUUACAACUGCAAGGUCCGAGCGCUGGCCUUCAACGACCGCAACAAGGAGCUGGGUGCUGUGUCUCUGGACGGCUACUUCCACCUGUGGGAGGCCGAGCACAGUCUGUGCAAGGUGCUGUCGACAAAGCUUCCGUACUGUAAGGAGAACGUGUGCCUGGCGUACGGGCAGGAGUGGUCCGUCUACGCCGUGGGCUCCCAGGCCCACGUCUCCUUCCUGGACCCCCGCCAGCCCGCCCACCACAUCAAAUCCGUCAGCUCGCGGGAGCGCGGCAGCGGUAUCCGCUCGGUGAGUUUCUACGAGCACAUCAUAACGGUGGGCACGGGCCAGGGCUCGCUGCUGUUCUAUGACAUCCGGGCUCAGCGCUUCCUGGAAGACCCCUCCAGCCCCGCCCAGGGCUUCCGGUCACGCCCAGGGGAGGGCGUCCUCAAACUGUCCACAGGCAGCGGCUGGCUGAACCAUGACGAGACGUGGCGGAGUUAUUUCUCCGACGUCAGCUCCUUCCCCAACGCGGUGUACACCCACUGCUACGACUCCUCGGGCACCAAGCUCUUCGUGGCCGGGGGGCCCCUGUGUUCAGGCCUGCACGGGAACUAUGCCGGGCUCUGGAGCUAACGUCUCGCCGUCCCUCCUCCGCCAUCCCACCGUCUAUUCCUGCCUUCUACCGGGACUCCAUUCGUACCUGUCCUCCCCUCUCCACAUCAGCCCGAGGUUCAUCCUUUGUUCAAAACCUGUAGCAGAUCCGUUUUUCUCCCUCUGCUCACUCUCGGGCCUGGCUUCUCCUCUCACCCCUGUGCACAUCAUUUUUCCUUUAAUGUGCAUUUAUUUCAGUAGGUUAGGUUACCUGGUGGCCGAGUUUCAGAUGUUUAGUGAACCCGAGGACAGAGGAGGAUUUGAGGUGGGCCCCCUGCCAGCAGCCUAGCCCCCGGAGAUGGGGAGUGAAAGAGGGAAAUGAAAAGGAGGGGGAGGAGAGGGUGAAAAAGAGGAGGCUAAUUGAAGAGAGGCCAGAUUGCUCAGAGAGCUCAGCCGUGUUUCUGGGGUUGUGGUCUAUUGGGUUUCCUUGAGUUUGUGCACAUUUUCUUGGUGCAGGCUUUACCCCAACUGCCCCUUCUCUUAAAAAGUAUUUACAAAGGCUGGGAGGGCUUACUAGAGAAAUAAUGGACAAAAAAUACAGUUUACUUAGGAGGGAAUCCAUACAGUCUUUGAUCAGGUAACUUAUAGGAAGACAGUUUCUUUUUUAGAUUAGUGUCUUUUUUUGGUCAGCAGUCAUUUCUGUCUGGUCUCUUUCUCCUGAUGGUCAGGAUGCUCCUCAACCACAGCCUGAACAGUUAACCGUGCCCCCCUCCCCCUCCCCACAUUCUGGCACAGUCUCCUAACUGCUCUCUCUUCCCCGACAUUUUUUGAAUCGACCGGGUGUUCAUCCUGAUCUCACAGAGUCAGCUGCUUUCUCACUCCCACACCCCCCCAGGCCGUGAUGCCGUCAAGUGACCGUUGUCUUCGGACUGGGAUUUAUUCAAGUUGACCGGACUUUUACCACGGUCACGUCAACCUGGUUCUCAGCCUGGCCCAUGCGGAUUUAGCGGUGUGUCACCAGGCACCUGUAGCUUCGCCCUCUCUUGCAUUAGUCCCAGAGUGUCUCCAUGUGCGCUUUCAGUGCGGGACUAUGUCGAGAAUGAACGAAUCAAUUGUGUUUUUCAUACUUUCUUCCAUAUCAUAGGAUAGUAAAAGGGGAAUUGGAGAGCUGUAGCAUCACCUAGCCCAUGUACAUCAAAGAGGAGAGCCACCAAUCACAAAGUAGGUUGGUCAAAACAAAUAGAACAACACUGAUGGCAAUUAGUGGAUGUAUUUCCAAGUUCCCUGUGGGCUUACAGGAAGACCAAUCACUCUCCUCGUUGUUCUAGUCAUUGUUACCACCAUACGUCAUGAUUGGUGGAGCUCCUGUCUGCAUUGUAGGAGUAAGGUGUGUUAUCCGCUUUUAUUAUCCAUAAUUUAAAACAGGUAGAACAAGGAGGAACAGCUGAACACUGAAAUCUGGCCAUGUUGAGACGUGCCAGUCUUGAGGAUAGUGUACCGCCCUGGCUUUUUUUUCUUUAUUUUAACAAUUUUUGACUCAGCCAUGUAUAUGAUUGGUCAUUACCUUGCUGAUAUGCAGUCCAUGAUAUUAUUGUUAUCAGCUACUUAUUAUUAUUAUUAUUUAUUCCCCUGCCCCCAGUGACCGUAUACCUAUACGCUACAUAUAAUAUACUUAUUUGACCACUGCUAGUAUUUUCCCCCAUGCGGGUGUGAUUCUCAGCCACCUUUUGCACCACCUGGUGGUCAAAAGCAGGACUUGCGUGCAUUUGUUGCCAGCUUCUGUCUUUCUGUGAAAGACUAAUGAGCACGUGGUUGUUUAGCAUUUUCCCCACCUUAUUUCUUUUCUUUUUUUGGCAUGGUUCUAUCCUUGAAGUUGUUUGUAUAGUUUGAACAUAAUCUCAAUAAGUUUAUUUAAAGAAAAUGAAUAACCAUCACUUUUAAAAUUUGGUUUUAUAUAUAAAUAGGUAAUUGUAUAUGUGUGGGGGGAAAAAAACAGACAAUAUGCAUACAUUUAUGUGUAUGGGGAAAGUAUUUGGAAAAGUAUUUGGACUAUUCCAUCUUUAUUUUUUUUUUCUAUACACUCCACAUGAAUGUUUUUACAAAUGACUGAGUCAGAAGGUGUACAACCUCAAAAAAAUAAGAAGAAACAAGAACCCAGGAAAACUUUCAAAAAUAAUGAAUAAAAGCCUACCAAUGUACUUUUUUCUUAUUGAAAA